AUGUCGGGUAUCGCUUCCAAGAACCUUUACGAGCUUCUCGGCAACGACCACGAAUAUGAUUCCGACAAGGAGCCAGAGCCACCAGUGAAGGUUGUCGAUAAGACUCCAGCCCGCAACACCAAGCGCAAUGCUACUGGAGAAGCACCAGCAGCCAAGGCUCCUGUAGCUGAUGGACGUGGUGCUCGUCGUGGAGGAUACUCCGGAAACGAAGGUGCAUUCCGUGACCGUAACGCUGGCAGCACCAACAACCAAGGCAAGCCAACCGAUGACUCUGUCCGACAAGAUCGUCACCCAAGACGUGAAGGUGGUGGACGUGGCCGAGGUGGCGCUCGUGGAGGUGCCAAAUUCGAUCGUCACAGCCGUGGAGUCGGAGGUGAUUCCGAGAAGCAAGCUGCUCAUGGCUGGGGUGCUACCGAAGGUGGUGCCGAGCUCGCCGAUGAGCAAGCCGGUGAAGCUAUUGCCAAGACCGAGGCUAAGGAAGAUGGUGAAGCAGCUGAAGCUGCCGCUGAAGAGGCUGAGCCAGAAGACAACAGUGUCUCUUAUACCGAUUACCUCGCUCAAUUAGAGGAGAAGAGAGCCGCACUCAACGCCGCUACCCCUGAAGCUCGCAAGCCAGACAGCAAGCUCGACAAGAAGUGGGCCAACGCCAAGGCUAUCGCCAAGGAGGACGAGGAAGACUUCGUCGCUGGAACUGGUGGCAAGGCCAAGCGUGAACGUCAACGCACUCAAAAGCAAGUCGUUGAGAUUGAUCAACGUUACGUUGAACCCACCGAACGUGCUGGUGGUAGAGGAGGUUUCCGUGGAGGCCGCGGACGUGGUGAUGGACCACCACGUGGCGACAGAGGAGGUUUCCGAGGACGUGGUGAGGGCCAACGUGGACGCGCUCGUGGCGAUAGAGGCCCACCACGCCAAAGUGCCCCAAGAAACGGAGGUGCUUCUGCAUCCAUCCAAAUUGAGGACCAAUCUGCUUUCCCAAGCCUUGGCGCAUAAAGUUUCAUUGAAACUGAACCUGCCGAUCUUUCACAACAUGGCAUAACAUGAUAUGUAGAAAUGAUCUCAAAAAAUUUGUGUUUUACGCAAUCGUUAUAUGAGAAACAAAAAAUUUGAUUAAAAAACGGGCCAAAAUUGCAUUGUGAACUGGUUAAUGAAGGAUUUUGCUCAUAAUGAAUGUACAGAGAGGCUUCUACGAAUAAAAGGGACGUAUUGGUUCUCAAUGAUGUUUCGUGAUGGGACGUUUCUCAUUUCCAUUUUAACAACUUGUCUUUUUGUCUUUCUUUGAUCUUACCUUGCGCGGGUGGUGAUGUGACG